UUAUAAUCAGGGAAGAGAAGGAUCAGGGGAGAUCCGUUGUCGCUUCACAGAUGUUAACAACAUCUGCCACUCACUGCUUCUCUCAAGCUGGUCUGUCAAGGCACCUGUGAUCUAAACGUUUUGGGAUGUCAGCCUCGAAGACUGUUGCCUAAAGUGAAAGGGGUUGCAGUGCAUCGCGUGAGGGCAGCAUUGUCAGGGCGUAGCUUCACUCCCUGUCUCAGGCAUCGGUAUUCCACUCCCUGUUGACCACCGUGCAAUCUUGAGUCUGCGUGAAGAUUUGCUCACUGUAAGCGCUAGAGCUUUGGAUUCCAGUUGCUUCACCGCCAGUCAUGCAAAUGACUUUAAUGAAAAUGCUACAGUCGGCAACUGGAAUUAAACGUGUGACCCCCGCGUCGCCUGCGCUCUCGCGGAUAAUGCCACAGUUUAGAAACGCGUCGCCUGUGAUGCACACUUUCCAGCAAAACACUGUUCAGUAUAAUCCCGGGCACACGUGAUCACCAAAUCACCACUGUAACAAUAUUUCACAUUUAUUCGGGGGGGAAAAGCAGGAAUAGUCGUGUCUUUUGAAACAUAGCUAUUUCAAAAACAGUUACGUUAGUGCGUUGUGAAACUAUCUCCAUUCAUUUAAGCAUCUGCAGAGCGCACGCACACCUGCUAACUUUCUCUUCUCGCAUUGGUUUGGGGAAAUACUAUACAAUAAAGCACGGGCGAUAGAGCGGAGAGGUCUGGAUUGAUGGGAUUGUGGCUUGAUGGGAUUUCUCCACUAUCCUCUGCCUAUUGCAUGCUCAGCGAGUUGAAAGUGUCUCGUUUUCAACCGCCUCCUCACGACCGCCUUAGAACAUACUGCAGCAAUAGGUAUAAUAUUGAAAAGGAGCAUCAAAUGUCGAAGAAACGAAAAACUCCUGAUGAUGAAGGAGGCUUCGCUAACGCAGAAGGCUCAUCGCGCGCGGAAGGUAGCGACCAAGGUCUGACGGACGAGAAAGUCAAGGCCUACCUUUCCCUACACCCCCAGAUGCUGGAUGAGUUUGUGUCGGAGAGCGUGAGCACGGAGACCGUGGACAGAUGGCUGAAGAGGAAGAACAGCAGUCGCUCAGGAGAUGACCCAGGCACUAAAGAAGUCAGCAGGCAGUACCAGGACACGAACAUGCAGGGCGUGGUGUACGAGCUCAACAGCUAUAUGGAGCAGCGUCUAGACACGGGGGGAGACAACAAGCUGCUUCUCUAUGAGCUGUGCAACAUCAUCAAGACUGCCACAAAAGCUGAUAGUUUUGCACUUUACUUUCUGGGAGAAUGCAACAAUAGUUUGUGUCUGUUCACCCCGACUGGAGCGAAGGAGGGUCUUCCGGGACUCACCCCCUCGGGCCCAAUCGCGUUCGGGACCACCAUCGCCGCUCACGUUGCCAAAACACGCAAAACGCUGCUGGUGGAGGAUAUCCUGGGGGAUGAGCGGUUCCCCCACGGCACCGGGCAGGGCUCAGGGAUCCGCGUGCACUCUGUCCUUUGUUUACCCAUCCUCACUGCCAUCGGGGACCUGAUCGCCAUCUUGGAGCUGCACCGUCAUUGGGGGAAGGAGCCGUUCAACCUCAGCCACCAGGAGGUUGCCACAGCAAAUUUAGCAUGGGCUUCUGUGGCCAUUCACCAAGUGCAGGUCUGCAGAGGUCUGGCCAAACAGACAGAACUGAAUGACUUCCUGCUGGAUGUAUCAAAGACAUACUUUGACAACAUUGUGGCAAUAGACUCUCUACUUGAACAUAUUAUGAUAUAUGCAAAGAACCUGGUGAACGCAGACCGCUGCGCCCUCUUCCAGGUGGACCACAAUAAUAAAGAGCUGUAUUCAGACCUGUUUGACAUCGGCGAGGAGAAUGAAGGGAAGCCCGUCUUUAGGAAGACCAAAGAAAUCAGGUUUUCAAUAGAGAAAGGAAUAGCGGGUCAGGUAGCAAGAACAGGAGAGGUUCUGAACAUCCCUGACGCCUAUGCAGACCCGCGUUUCAACAGAGAAGUUGACCUGUACACUGGCUACACCACACGGAACAUCUUAUGCAUGCCUAUCGUCAGUCGGGGGAUGGUAAUAGGCGUCGUGCAGAUGGUGAACAAGCUGAGCGGAAGUGCCUUCACGAAAACCGAUGAGAACAACUUUAAGAUGUUCGCCGUCUUUUGUGCCCUGGCCUUACACUGUGCAAAUAUGUAUCACCGGAUCAGGCAUUCCGAGUGCAUCUACAGAGUGACCAUGGAGAAGCUGUCCUACCAUAGCAUUUGCACCUCGGAGGAGUGGAAGACCCUCACACAGCUGUCGCUGCCCACACCCAUGUACAAAGAGAUCGAGCUCUUCCACUUCGACAUCAGUCCCUUUGAAGAGCUCUGGCCGGCCGUCUUCGUGUACAUGGUGCACAGCUCCUGUGGGAAGAACAGUUUUGAGCUGGAGAAACUGUGCCGCUUCACCAUGUCUGUGCGAAAGAAUUACCGGCGCGUCCCCUACCACAACUGGAAGCAUGCAGUGACGGUGGCACACUGCAUGUACGCCAUACUGCAGAAGAACUCCGGAAUCUUCACUGAGCUGGAGCGGAAGGGUCUCCUAGUUGCCUGCUUGUGUCACGACCUCGAUCACCGUGGAUACAGCAACAGCUACCUGCAGAAGUUCGACCACCCCCUGGCGGCCCUGUACUCCACCUCCACCAUGGAGCAGCAUCACUUCUCUCAGACGGUGUCCAUCCUGCAGCUGGAAGGGCACAAUAUUUUCUCCAACCUGACUUCCAGUGAGUAUGAGCAGGUGCUGGAGAUCAUCCGUAAGGCCAUCAUUGCGACUGACUUAGCCCUGUACUUUGGUAACCGGAAGCAGCUGGAAGAGCUGCUGACCACAGGUGCAUUGGACCUCAACAACCAUGCUCACAGAGAUCGCGUGAUUGGGUUGAUGAUGACAGCGUGUGACCUCUGUUCUGUUACCAAGCUGUGGCCUGUCACGCGAAUCACGGCGAAUGAUAUUUAUGCAGAGUUCUGGGCUGAGGGUGAUGAAAUGAAGAAGAUUGGGAUGCAGCCCAUUCCCAUGAUGGACAGGGACAAGAAGGACGAGGUGCCUCAGGGACAGGUGGGCUUCUACAACGCUGUGGCCGUCCCAUGCUACACCACUCUAACUCAGCUCUUUCCUCCAGCUACUCCUCUUCUGAGGGCUUGCAGGGAAAACCUCGGCCAGUGGGAGAUGAUCGUGAAAGGAGAGGAGGCCUCAUCCUGGGUUCCUGUGUGGGAGUCGGCAGAGUCCAGCCCAGAGUGCGAGUCGGCCAACGCCGACCCGGUGAAGGUGGACAAUUGACCGGCUCUCUCCGGCUGCCCCCCUCCCCCCAAGCAGCGUGAAAGCCAGGGCCUGUCCAGAGACUCUGCAGCUCCAGUGUGAAGGGCCCCACUUCCUGCCACGAAAGGAAGUGAUGCGGAGCACCAGCAGGUGACAGAGGACAGCAAAGCGUAAUGUUACCGCGCUGGUGGGACGGAGAUCCCCGGACUGUCCGUUUCACCAGACCCUGUAGUCGACACGGUAGACUUCAGGGUGUGAAGCUGGGCCUGUUACCCCAUCACCCAAAAACUGCUUGAGGAUCACGUGGUGAAGUGGACUGUUUGACUUUCUUUAGUGUCCUUUUUUGCCUUUUUUUUCCUUUUCAGAUCAAUUUCAGCUUUUUUUUUUGUUGCUGUCCUAUUUUCUGAGGCCUUAACUCUGAACCCUUUGCAAGGCAGGAGUUCGACAUUGUAAGUUUGAACAGUUUAGUUUUUGAAAUGGUACAUAAUUUUCUUUUUCCAACUUAUGGUAGCCUUGUUGCACGCAAAGGUAAUGAGACGUAUGGAUUUCUUUUAAUGAGAAGAUGCAUGAUAUGACCCCUGAGUUAUUGCUCUGGGGGGGGGUCUUGCUUAUUGUCCUUUGUUACUAUGGGAAAAGGUCCUUUAAGAGUACUUGAAUGAAACAGCCUAUUUUAACACAGAUGGCAAAAAAAACUUCACACUGCCCCUGACUAAGAUGGGGCCAGAUAACCCGGUUCCCUUUGGAGUCACACGAAAGUCACAUUACUCCUGACCAAACCGCCCAGCCCUCAAGGACCCUUCUGUACAAGUUGGCUUCUGAUCGUCUGAGCGACAGAAACCUUGGGCGACGUCUUCCUUUUUAAGACGGAUCUCAAGCCGAAAAAGGGUGUUAAGGGGGCGUUCUGGAGAGAAGUAGAGGCGAAUUAAAAGCCAGAAGUGGGCAAGGGGAUGCAGCCUCUCCGGGCGAGUAUCGAGGCUAUACUCCGGGCGAGUAUCGAGGCUAUACUCUGGAGGAGUAUCAAGGCUAUACUCUCAUCACUGUUUGUGUUUUGAUUCAGAAAUGGGUUUUCCGAUUUAAAAAAAAAAAAAAAAAAGUACUAAAAAGUACUGAAUAAAUAAGUGCAAGAGAUUUACUCCAUUUUAAGUAGGUCCUUUUGAAAAGUUCAAGUGACUUAAGCUAACGAAUCAUUUCAUAUGUACCAAAAGCUGAUAUUUAAGCGCAAGUGCACUGAGGCUGAGGAAGCUCUCACCAGCCACGCUUUCCUGCCCAGUCAAAAUCAAAGCAGCAUAGUAUUGUCGUUGUGAGGAUUGCCCAAGUCCUCUUGCCCCAGUCUUACUCUCACCCCCCUGCCCCUACCUUGUAGAGUAUAUGCAAACGCAAGGUUCCUGCAGGAGUUCACAGCGAACAAACAUCGACAGAACAUCUAUUCCAGCCUGUUUCUGCGGAACUCGAUCGGUGGGUAGCGGAUGUGCCUGUUGGCAGACUACCAGAACGGAGGCGGCUUUCGUCAGCAAGCGGGCACAGACAUUGGUUCCCUGGCACAGAUCUGGGGGCUGCUGCUCACGUGACCUGAGGCAUCUACCAGUCUGUCAGCCGCAGGGCAGGAACCGACCGCAUGUCUCACCGGCGUUGGGAUCGGGGGGGGCGGGGGGGGCGAACUUCCUUUGCAGAGAAAUUUCAACUUCUAACAUUUGUUAGUUUAAAAAAGGGCUUUUUAAAAGUCAAUAUUUUCUAACAUGUCGUAAUUGUCAGGUUAGAAUCCAAAAGAAACAUUUUUCCUCCCAAAGUGGCUUCAGGAGGUGUGUAGGUGACAGACGUUGUGCCAUGGAAAUGUCAGUUAGACGGUCAAAUCCUCCGCUGGAUUGGUCUUUACUCAAGUGCAUUCAGUAUGACCUCACCACUCAUUUUGGUGAGAACUUGGUGUAGGGAAUCGAUGCUGACAUUUGUAAUUCUGAACUUCAUUGCAGUGCGUAAGGUUGAUCAUAGAUACCAUAUACUGUUUCACAGCAAUGCUAUAGUAUUACAUCAGUGCGGUUUCCCCCGUGUCAUUGCAACAUUAUCAUAAUAUUGUGCUUUAGCUGGAAAAGUGGUACUGGUUUCCUGUUCAACCAGCUAAAGUCAAGGCCACAGUAGAGAAAUGUUUGCAGAAAUAUUAGCGCUCCCCCCCCCCCCCCAGUAUGUUAACCUUGCCAGUGCCUGAGGUGCGAAUGUACACUGUAAUGAAUGUUGUUUUUACAAAAUGGCUGCAGAUGCAUUAUGGGUCAUGAGGUAACAAAGCGGUUUCACAGUUCCUCACUCUUCCCUCAUUUCUUUCAAGUACAGCUUCCAGCAACUGAAAUCUGUAUUCUGUUGUCUUGACUGGGAAAGUCAUUCCCCACACACCUGUAUGUGUGUGCAUAUAUAUAUACAAUAUGAACCGUGUGUAUAUACACACACAUACACGUAAAUACAGUCAUUUUCUGUUCUCUUUUGCUGCGGUUCAGUAUAGAAAAAGCAGACUGUACUGUAGUACACUGGUGCUAAAUUAGGAUGACAGUCUUGCACUUACUGACAGUGUUUUUCCCAUUUUUAAUUUAUAAUCACCCCCCCCCCCAAAUCGUACACUGCCCUAUAACUGAGAUUCUCUCAUCAUUACAGGCCCCCCCCUUGUCCUGGUGAAAUCUUCCCACUGUGCACCCAUUUUCUUCAACCAUCUGCACUACAUUUACCUUAUUAUUACUAUUAUUAAUAUAAUGAUUAUUAUAAUUAUUAAUGUUAUUUUCUUAAUUAGGAUUUAAAUUUAAAUUAACUUAUAUUUUUUAUACAAAGAGAAAUGUUGGCCUUUUUGUCUGUACAAAGUGUACGAUACAAGAAACAGAACAGUCAGAGACUUACUGCAUACCCUAAUCCAACAUGGAGUCUCCGCUGUAAAUGUAAGAACAUCAAGUACUUUUAUUAAAUAUUUCUGAAAACUG